CCGGUCAUCUUCGUACCCGGGAACGCUGGCUCAUAUGCGCAAGUGAGGUCCAUCGCCUCAUCAGCCUCUAGGCAGUACCAUGAGCAUCCUGGACAGAUCGCUCAAGGUAUGCAGCAUGUGCGAGGCCGCGACUUCUUCACUGUUGACUACAACGAAGAAUUUUCCGCUUUCCACGGUCCCACGGUCAGGGAUCAAGCCCACUACUUGGCCUAUGCUGUUCGAAAGGUCCUCGAGCUGUACCGCGACCAUAGUGGUCCGAGUCAAGUCACCUUGCUAGGGCAUUCUAUGGGUGGCAUAGUAGCUCGACUGGCGGCCAUAGAGGUGUCAGACCUGGUCGAUGUGAUUUUCACCAUGUCAACGCCACAUCUGUAUCCACCAGUGGCCCUUGAAUGGUCCAUGGAAUCGAUCUACAACACCAUCAAUUCGCAAUCACACCACGGGUCAGGUCCAGUCCUGUUGUCCAUCUGUGGAGGUGUCUCGGACACUCAGAUCGUCUCGGAUGCCUGUAGCCUGACGCAUGAUCUAGUCGGUAAAGAUGGUGGCUUCGCUGUCUUUACGACGGGUAUACCCGGUGCUUGGACCGGUGUCGACCAUCAGGCGAUGGUGUGGUGCCAUCAGGUCCGCUGGCGUGUGGCUAGG